GCCGCGGCGGGCCGGGCAGCCAUGCCGCUGUCCCGGGGCGAGCCCCCGGCGCUGGACUGGCUCCUGGUGCCGGCCGACUCGGAGCCUCGGGUGCGGCGGCAGCGGCUCCAGGUGCAGCGCGUCUUCAGGGUGAAGUUGAAGGCUUUCCAGAGCCGCCCCGACGCCCCGAGCUUCUGGCUGCAGCUGGAGGGGCCCCGGGAGAACACGGGCCGGGCCAAGGAGUAUCUGCAGGGCCUGUGCAGCCCGGAGCUGUGGAAGGAGGUUCGCGGCCCCCCGACCCUGCGCUGCGCCUUCCUGGGGGCCCAGGGCCUCUUCCUGGACUGCCCGGAGCCCGGGCCCCCGGGCACCGAGUCCGCCGCCCCCGCCCAGGCGGCCCCGUGGUGCCGGGGUCCCCCUGCUUCCCUCCCGCCCCGGGGGGGCUGGGAGGCGGAGGUGGCCCGGGCCUCCGGGGCGCUGGUGUGGAUCCGUGGGGACCCGCCUCGGGGGGCCCUCCUGCGGCUGCCCCCAGCCGUCCGCGAGCUGCUGCUGCGCCUGGCCCGGGCGGCGGCGAGCCCAGAGGACGCCCUGGUGGCGUGGCCCGGCCCCGCCCGCCCGCCCCCCGGCCCGGGGCUCCUCGUGUGCCUCCUCCCAGCGUCCGGGGGACCGUCUCCCCGGCCCUUCCUGGGGAUCGCAGCCUUCCAGAACCCCGAGGGCCCGAUGGACCUGGGAGCUCCCCGGUCUCCAGGCCCGGCCCGGAGCACACGGCAGGAGAUGGCCAGCCAGCUGGUAUGGGUCGAUUCCAGCAGCCGGGGAGGGGCAGACAGCCCCGGAGAGGAAAGGCCAGCAGCAGCCGCCGGCCGCCGGGACUCCACGCGCCCAGCCCGGCGGAAGCAGGGGCAGAGGGCGGAGGGCACGCCCUCCUCCCGGAGCCGGUGCCCGCCCUGGACGGUGGGCGAGCUGCAGCCGCUCCCCCAGGCCUGCCUCGGUCUCCCCUGCUGGCAGGGGCUGGAGCUGUCAGAGCGCAGGGGUGCGCCCCUACGUCUGGAGCGGAAGGAGAAGGCGCUCGCUCCCCCGCCCGGCGCGGAAGGCCCAGCCCGCGGACCCGACGGGGAGCGAGGAGGAGAGGGGGCCCCACGGGCUCCGCCCCGCGGCGGGGCUCCCGACGGGCCUCCCCCGGCCCCGACGCCGUGCGAGGCCCCCCCAGGGCCUCCGGCCGCUCCCGUGGCACCCGCGGCCCCACCGGCAGGACCCCAAAGCACCAGCCGUCGCCCCAGGCCACGGGCCCACGGCGCGGUGACCAGCUUCCAGAGGUACCACGAGGCCCUGAGCACGCCGUUGGAGCUCAGCUUGUCCGGGGAGCCUGGGAACCCCAGGUUGCGGCGAGUCGUCAUCGACGGCAGCAGCGUGGCCUUGGUGCAUGGCCUUCAGCACUUCUUCUCCUGCCGGGGCAUUGCGAUGGCGGUGCAGUAUUUCUGGAACCGGGGACACCGGGAGAUCACCGUCUUCGUGCCCACUUGGCAGCUGAGGAAGAACCGGAGAGUUCAGGAGAGCCACUUCCUGACGAAACUGCAUGCACUCAAGAUGCUCUCCAUCACGCCCUCCCAGCUGGAGAACGGCAAGAAGAUCUCCACCUACGACUGCAGGUUCAUGGUGAAGCUGGCGGAAGAGACCGACGGCGUCAUCGUCACCAACAAGCCGGUCCACACCCUGACGAAUAACUCCCAGAAAGGGACCGCCGUCGCAGACCGCCUGCUGCCCUUCACCUUUGCGGGGAACCUCUUCAUGGUACCCGACGACCCUCUGGGCCGCGAUGGCCCUACGCUGGAUGAGUUUCUAAAGAAGCCAAACAGGUUGGACAUGGACAUUGGCAACUUCCUGAAGGUGUGGAAGCGCCUUCCUCGCGCCCCGGCCCGCCUCUCGGAGCCGGGCGACGACCGUGACCGUGACGGCGACCGCGGGCCUGCGGAGGGUCCUCAGAGCGCGGGGGAAGCCGGGGAGGAGGAGGAGGAGGCGCAGCCCGGGGCCGGGACGCCGGAGGCGGCCGCCGAGGAGGAGGAGGAGGCCGGCCUCGAUCCCUCCCCCGCGCCCCCGCUCGGCGCGGAGGGCCUGCUCCUCCCCGACGACGUCCUCCGGUGCCUCAGCCUGCACGACCCUCCCGACCAGGCGCUGGACGUGGACCUCCUGCCGGGGGCCGCCGCCGCCCCGGACCCGGAUGCCCCCUGGGACGGGGGCGCCCCCUGCCGGCAGAUCCUGGCACAGCUGGCCCGGAUGACCGUGCCCCGGAGCGCCACCGCGCUCUCCUUCUUCGUGGGGUUCAUGGACUCGCACCGGAAGGCCAUCCCCGACUACGAGGCGCGGGUGGGGCCGCUGCGCCGGCUGCUGGGGCCGGGGCCGGGCUGGCGGUGGGGCCCGGAGCACGGCCGGGCCUUCCGGGGCCUGAAGCAGGCGCUGGUGUCGGCGCUGUGCCUGGCGGCGCCCGCCCCGCGGCUGCCCUUCCGCCUGGAGGUGCGCGUGGGCGGCGGGGCGCUGGCGGCCGCCCUGCGGCAGGAGCGCGCGGGGCGGCCGCGCCUCGUGGCCUACACCGCGAAGCCCCUGCGCCGGCCGGGGGGCGGCGGCGGGGGGCCCCCCGCGGGGCGGGCGGCGCGCGCCGUGGCCUGGGCCCUCCGGCACUUCGCCCCCUGCCUCGGGGACGCCCCCGUGGUGCUGGAGCUCUCGCACGCCGCCGCCCCGCGCGGGGCUCCCCACGAGGGCGACGGGGGCGGGGCUCCGCACGACGGCGGCGCCCGCUGGUCCCUGCUGGUGCAGGGCCCGGCCGGCCGGGCCCCGGGGUGGGCCGCGCCGCCGCCCGCGCCCUCCGCGCCCCCCUUCUUCCGCGUCCUGCCCCCCUUCUCCGACCUGGCGCCCUUCGUCUGCGUCCACCUGUCGGGCCACUGCGCCUCCCGCGAGGACGGGCGGCGCGCGGGCUUCGGGCUCUACGUGCUGUCGCCCGGCGGCGCCCCCGCGUCGCUCGCCUUCUCCUGCGCCCCCGCCACCCCCACGCACGCCCACCUGGCGGCCGUGGCCUGCGCGCUCGAGCGCUUCGGCCGCGGCCCCGCGCCGCUCGUGCUCCUGCCCCACUGCGCCUGGCUCUUCGGCCUCCUGGGCGAGCUGCUGCCCCGCUGGGCGCGCGGGGGCUUCCUGUCCUCGGACGGGGCGCCGCUCCCCCACCCCGGCCUGCUGGCCUACGUGGGCGCGCUCGCCGCCAGCCUGCCGGCCGCGCCCUUCCUCUACCGCACCUCCUACCGGGGCUCCCUGUUCGCCGUGACGGCGGACGCCCUGGCGCGGCGCGGCGCCGAGGGGGGCGGGCCGCGCUGGGAGCCGCCCGCGCGGGCGCCGGUGCCCCCGGUGACGCCCCGCUGGGCGGGCCGGAAGCCCGACCUGCUGGCCCUGCAGCGGGGCGACGCCGCCCUGGCCGACGCCCUGGCCCGGCUGCGGGCCGGGGAGAGGCUGGCGGGCUCCUCCCCGCUGAGCGCCGCCUUCCCGCGGCUCCGCCUGCACCCCGCGCGCGGCCUGCUCCUGUUCCAGGGGGACCGGCGGCCCCCGGUGUGGGUGGUCCCCGCGCCGCUCCGCCGGGACCUCGUCUUCGCGGCGCACGCGGCGGCCGCCGGGGGCCACCGGCCGCCCCGGGAGACGUGGCGGCGGCUGCGGCGGCUGGGCUGGUGGCCCGGCGUGCGGGAGCAGGUGCGCGACUUCUGCCGCGCCUGCCUCUUCUGCCUCCCCGGCGAGGGGCCCGCGGCGCUGGAGCCCGCCUGGCCCCCGGGGUGCGCGGCGCCGUGGGCCACGCUGCGGCUGGAGGUGGUGGGGCCGGUGGCGGGCAGCGAGGAGGGCUACAGGCACGCGCUGGUGGUGGCGGACCCGCACACGCGCUGGGUGGAGGCCUUCCCGCUGAAGCCCUGCACGCCCAUGGCGGCCGCCCAGCUGCUCCUGCAGCACGUGUUCGCGCGCUGGGGGGUCCCCGGGAGGCUGGAGGCCGCCCAGGGCCCCCAGUUCGCCCGGCGCGUGCUGGUGAGCUGCGGCCUGGCCCUGGGGGCGCGGGGGGUGACCCCGGGCCGCGCCCUCCAGUUCGCCUGUCUGGCCGGCUCCGAGGCCUUCUGGGGGUUCAAGGGGGCGCUGCGGGACUUCAUCGCGCUGCAGGGCCAGAAGUGGGCGGCCGCCCUGCCGCUGCUGCACCUGGCCUUCAGGGCCGCCACCCCGUGCCGCCUGCUCACGGGGGCCGAGCCGCCGCUCCCCGCGCCCCUGUGCUGGGAGAUGAGCGGCGCCAACAUGGAGGGGCUCAAGAUGGACAUCUUCCUGCUGCGCCUGCUCCGCGAGCUGCGGGAGCUGCACCCCGGGGGGGACCCGCCCUGCGCGCCGGACGCCCGGGAGGAGGCCUGGGAAGUGGGGGACCGUCUCGUGCUGUCCCUCCCCAGGAACGGCAGCGGCGCCAGGUGGGUGGGCCCCUUCUACAUCGCGGACCGGCUGAGCCUCACGCUCUACAGGCUGUGGGGCUUCCCGACCCCCGAGAAGCCGGGCUGCGUCUACCCCGGCAGCCUGAUGAAGACCUUCGCCCCGAGCGGCGCGCCCCUGGCCCUCCAGGCCUUGGAGCAGUGAGCGCCAGCCCUGGGGCGCCCUCCGCCCCCAAACUCCGCUCGCCGCCCCCGAGGUCCUCGCCGUGCCUUCCGUAGAGACGCUGCUUCGCCAAGCUCUGCCCGGUCGCCUGGACUUGGGGAGAGGUGUCCCCACAGAAAGACCCCCGCUUGGGGCGGUGAGAACUCGCCAGAGGCUGUCCCUGUGUGGGCG